UUUUCCUCGGAGCCGUGUGUCCCGCGCCCUAGUCCUGUGCCCGGGUGCGGCACCCGAGCCCCGCCGGCCCCGCCGCCAUGCGCUGCUACGAAGACGAGGGCAGCUGGAACCUGUCCUUCUCGGGCGCCGGCUUCCUGGGCCUCUACCACGUGGGCGUCACGCGCUGCUUCCGCGAGCGCGCCCCGCGCCUCCUCCAGGGCGCCCGCCGCAUCUACGGCUCCUCGUCCGGGGCGCUCAACGCCGUCAGCAUCAUCGCGGACCAGUCGCUGGAUUUCUGCUGCUCCAAUCUCCUGGGCAUGGUCAAGCACUUGGAGCAGCUGAGCCUGGGCAUCUUCCACCCCGCCUUCGCCCCCAUUGAGCACAUUAGGCAGCAGCUGCAGGAGAGCCUGCCCCCCAACAUUCACAUCCUGGCCUCCCAGCGGCUGGGCAUCUCCAUGACCCGCUGGUCGGAUGGCCGCAACAUCAUUGUCACCAACUUCGCAACCCGCAAUGAAGUCAUCCAGGCUCUGAUCUGCACCGUGUACUUUCCUUUCUAUUGUGGGAUAAUUCCCCCCGAAUUCAGAGGGGAGCGCUACAUCGAUGGGGCUCUGAGCAACCACCUUCCCUUUUCGGACUCGCCCUCCACAAUCACCGUGUCCCCUUUCCAUGGGACGGUGGACAUCUGCCCCCAGAGCACCUCGGCCAACAUACAUGAGCUGAAUGCCUUCAAUGCCAGUCUCCAGAUCUCCACCAAGAACUUCUUCCUGGGGUUCAGUUGCCUCAUAUCCCCCAACUCUGAGGUAGCAGCGGACAACUGCAGACAAGGUUACCUGGAUGCCCUCAGGUUCCUGGAGAGACGCGGACUUACAAAGGAGCCAGUGCUUUGGAUGCUGGUGUCUAAGGAGCCUCCAGCCCCAGCUGAUGGGAGCCAGGACACCGGCCACAACAGAGGCCAGGAGGGGGGCCUGUCUCUCAACUGGGCGGUGCCCAAUGUGCUGGUCAAGGACGUGCCCAACUUUGAGCAGCUCUCACCAGAGCUGGAGGCUGCACUGCAGAAGGCAUGUACGAGAGACGCCAGCACCUGGGCCCGCUUCUGCCGGUCGAGGCCCGGCCGGGCACUGACCUACUUGCUGCUGCCCUGCACACUACCCUUCGAGUACAUUUACUUCCGGAGCAAAAGGCUGGUGGCGUGGCUGCCCGAUAUGCCAGCCGACGUGUGGUGGAUGCAGGGCGUGCUGCAGAGCUUGGCUGCUGAGAUCUACACCAGGUCAAAGGACCAACUCCUCAGGCUGGUCAGCCUGCCGGUCACCAGCCCCCUCCAGCCUGGGGCAGCUCCUCUCGUGGACCUGGCCAAGGAUCCCAGACCUCCCCAUCAGGCCUGAGGGGCACAAUGCAGGGCCAGCCCAGGGUCUGGCCUCCCCUGGUCCCCGUCUUGGCCCUCAUCCUGUGCCGACAUCUGCUCCCAGUCCUUGAGUCCUGACUAGUCUUCCAGAGGCUCAGAGCCCAGAGUGGUGCUAUCUGCUGAGUGGAGGACUGAGGGGACAGCCUCCCUUUCCUCUCAGACUCACCCGUGAUUGUGUGGGUGGGUGGCCCCCGGGAACCAGAACAGGUCCCACCAGCUCCCCUGGAGCCCCUGUUCCUUGGAGCCAAGGAACCAGUGAGAGAAGGGGUGUCUCCCGGGGGCCCGGGGACUUCUUUUUUGGGAGAGGCCCAGCUGGUUGGUAUGUCCCUUGGUCACUGUAUCCAGGUCACCCGGCCCCUGACUUAUCAGAGGGAAAAAGGAAGGUAGGAGCUGAGACACACAAAUUGGCUCUUGAAUUUCUGUGGUGGGGGACUCAGGGGCAGCGUCUGUUGAGCAGGGUCCGCAUGCUGUUGCUGAGCUGUUUGCAGAGCACUUUGCAGAAGACAGUGAAAGUGCCAUGUGCUCCUGAUUAGAAGGCAGAUGGAAGUGAUGGGUUGGGGUGUGCCUCCCCUCAGACCCUUCCUUUGACUUCCUUGGUCCUGCACUAGCCCCGUGGUGACCCCAUGGUUUGUCUCAUUCUAGCAACCUUGAUCUCUGACUUCCUACUCAUCCAUCCAGCGGGGACCCCCCAGCAGGGAAUGUGAAGGUGGAAAGAGAGAGGGGGCUCAAAAUCUUCUCAGAAUCCCACCUACGUGGGUCCUGCUGGGGUGCCCGGGACCCCUGGCUGCCAGCACUGUGGCGCCACCCCCUUAUUCCUCAGGAAGGCUUAUGGUGUAGCAGUGCCUCCACACACGCCACCCCCAGGUCCCUUCCUCUCUCGCAGAGAGGAGACUGGGACCCUAGCCCUCUGGCCUCUCCUGGGAGCCGAUCCUCUUCUUGUCCUCAGAGUAGAACCCACACUGUAUCUUGGCUAGUCCCUUAGGACACACUCAGCCUGAGUAAGGAUGGGGAGGGUGGGGAGAUGGAGACAUCAGCAAGAGAAAAAAAGAGCAGAGGAAUAAAUCCAAACAAAAGAGA